GUUUCUUGUUAUGCAAGAGUCGCUUCAAACUAUUGAAAAUAGUGCGAGUAAACGUUUAUCGUCCGGUUGUAAAAACUCGAUAAAAAGAAGACGCUCUAUUCAAUCUCCUUCUUUGAGCAAACCGUUUUCCACACCCCGUCGAAGUUGCGGCGGCUCCCCUUUAAACUUAGAAGAGGAUAUCAAAAUUAUAGAAAAUGAACUUGAAGAACUUGAUGAAAAGAUCAACGCUUUAAAAUCUGAGUACGAUGAUAGCGAGCUUUCAGAGUAUAUAACACUUUUGCAUCAGUACAACGAGAUUAAAGAUGUAGGACAGUUACUUCUCGGUACAAUUGCUGAAAUAAAAGGAGUCACCACUAAAAAAAUUUACGAGGAAUACGAUUUAGAAGUGGAUUGUUGA